AUGAGCAGCAGCAGCAGCACCUGUAGCAUGGCGGGCCCCCUGGACGGUCAGUGGGGGUGGGUUUCGGGGUCGGCACACUUAAGGGGGGACUCGGGGUCUGAAGAGCCCAGUGGGAUUCUUUGUGCAGCUGUUGUGGCGUUCCCCAAGUCCCCAACAGCCACCUGUCACUGCGGCUGGAAAGUGGGGCCACAGAAGCAGGAAUGUGCUCAGAGCGUGGACCCGGCGUGGACCUGGCGUGGACCCGGCCCGUCUUAUGGACUCCUCCAGCGUCUGUUUGUUUACAGCAGAGGGUGGAGCUGCGAGAGGAAGGGAGAGACGCUGCAGUCACAACAGGAGCUGAAAGAGUGA